UUGUUGUUGUUGUUGUUUCUUUGUUGAUUUAGAUAAAGAAAGGGAAGGUAUUUAGGCAUAAUCACUUUAUUUAUGAAAACAAAAAAAUACAUAGCUCUUCCACAAAACUUGUCUUUAACAGUUUGGCACCUUUAAAACUUCAGAGGCAUUUAAGCUCAGGUGUUCCAAAAUAUUAGGACAAAUAGAUAAGAAGUGAAAAUGGAUGCAAAAUAAAGAUAAAUAUAUUUCAUGUAAAUUGACACUGUUUAGUAUUUUUUUGGUCCUAUUUUAGAUGGAGUGGUUGCUAAUGUGGAAAUGUAGUAUUGAGGAAAGUGUUCAGGAAUUUUCUUUCUCCUGGGAGUAUGGAGGUUGUAAAUAAUGUUGUGACUUCUUGCUGGUAGUUUGUUGAUUUCAGCUCCACCCAUCUGCAGGAUGUGGCCAAAAUCUUUCAGAUAUUUGUGAAAUGGCAGUCUAGAAGAAGCACAUGGGUUUUCUAGCUGUCAAAAUUUCCUUCAGUCUUGUUGGUAUUUAAGAAGUUUUGAAGUUGCCAAACUGUUAAAAGUUACUGACUGAUGUAGACUUUAACUUUUCAUUAAUGCAGAUGCACAGAAAGAUCAUCAGAGAAUUAUUUGUUAAAUCAGAAGGAUGACUAUAAAGAAGAACUAUUAUAGCUAUGAUCAACAUAUCUACACUUGCUGAGCAGUAUUUCAUAUUCUCAUUAGUUCAUAUUUGGCUUAUUCGUGCAUGUAUUUGUUGACUAUAAUCCAAAUCCUGCUUGCAGUAUGUUCAAGCAUGGCAUGACCCCCCUAAUGCACGCGGCGUACAAAGGGAAAGUGGACAUGUGCAGGCUGCUCUUGCGACACGGAGCUGAUGUUAACUGCAACGAACAUGAGCAUGGAUAUACUGCCUUGAUGUUUGCUGGGCUUUCAGGAAACAAAGAAAUCACCUGGAUGAUGUUAGAGGCUGGAGCAGAGACUGAUGUUGUCAACUCUGUGGGAAGAACAGCAGCUCAGAUGGCUGCUUUUGUGGGUCAACAUGACUGUGUGACUGUCAUCAACAACUUCUUUCCACGUGAGAGGCUGGACUACUAUACUAAACCACAAGGCUUAGAUAAAGAACCAAAACUGCCCAUAAAAUUAGCUGGCCCUCUACAUAAAAUUAUUACUACUACUAACAUGCAUCCUGUUAAGAUUGUGUUACUGGUAAAAGAGAACCCUCUAUUGGCUGAAGUAGAAGCACUGCAGAAAUGUUACAGGGUUCUGGAUCUAAUUUGCGAGAAGUGUAUGAAGCAGAAAGAUAUGAAUGAAGUACUUGCUAUGAAAAUGCACUACAUCAGUUGCAUCUUCCAGAAGUGUAUUACAUUCUUAAAAGAGCGAGAGGAUAAACUAGAUGGGUUUAUCAAAAGUCUCUUGAAAGGGAGAGAGAAAGAUGGUUUCCCUGUGUAUCAAGAGAAGCUAAUUCGAGAAAGUAUCCGAAAGUUUCCUUACUGUGAAGCUACGUUGCUCCAGCAGCUGGUGAGAAGUAUUGCUCCUGUUGAAAUAGGUUCUGAUCCUACAGCUUUUUCUGUACUUACACAAGCUAUUACUGGCCAAGUGGGUUUUGUGGAUGCUGAAUUUUGUACAACUUGUGGAGGAAAAGGAGUAGACAAAAGAUGUUCAGUAUGUAAAAUGGUGAUGUACUGUGACCAGAACUGCCAGAAGAUUCACUGGUUUACCCACAAAAAAGUCUGCAAGACCCUGAAGGAGAUUCAUGAGAAACAAGAACUAGAAGCUGCCAAAGAAAAAAGGAAACAAGAAAAGAAGCAAAAGAAAGAACAAGUGCAACUAGUAGAGGGUAGUCCUACAAGUGAAGAACAGUCAGAUCUUUGUCCAGAUGCUACCAAAGAAGUGAAUCCAAGUUGUGCUACCGACCAAACAGAAGAACCUGAAUUUACCAAAGAGACGGUGUCACUAGCCCUGAAUCCUGAAAGUCCACUGGAAAGUCAGACUGACUUAGCUGACAUUGCUUUUCAAAAAAUUAAAGAUUCUGAGGAAUAAGAGGGUAGGAAGCAACUAAGUGUUCUGGCUAUGUCCCUGUACCUCACAGUUCCUAAAGAAUUUGUUAUGCUGACCACAUCUGAGUUCUUACAGCAUAGCUUAUGCAAGACUCCCUUUGAAAGACAGCAUGUCUCUGUUCAUCAUCAGAUGAAAUACUGACUCAUUUGUCUAUAAAUCCUUCAGGUUCUGUUGUAGAUUGUCAAAUUAGGUAUUUAUUAUCUGAUAUAAAAUAGUGUCAAAGAUCCAUCUGUAUGUAUACCAACAGUAAACAGAGGAAAAAUCUAUGAGUAUCUGUGGUUAAUAAGCCACUUAGUGAAAAACAGAAUCAUAGAAUGGUUUGGGUUGGAAGGUACCUUAAGGAUCAUCUAGUUCCAACUCCCCAUCAUCUGCAGGGAUAUCUCCCACUGGACCAGGUUGCUCAAAGUCCUGUCUGACCUGGCCUUGAACACUUCCAGAUUAAAUAAGAAGCAUUUUACUUGCAUUAUUAAGGUUUUCAGAACCUAAAAUCUAUUUUAAAAUAACUUACAUACUUUUUCUGCAAGUACACAGAACUGUAGUUAAAAGCAUUGGGAAGCCAACUGUUAAAUUGCUUUUCUACAUCACUUCAUGAAGCUUUAUAUGAAGGAAUUCAGGAGCAGUUUAAUUUCCAAACUAGUAAUCUGAAUUCUCAAUUUUUCCUGACAUGACUAAAUAUUUUUUUACUAGUGAGUGCAAAACAAUAGUGUCUAUAUUGUAGCAAUUUUAUUAAAUGGUACUACCAUUUCAGAUGUCGCAAGCUGACUGUGAAAUGAGUGUUUCAACAGAAUUAUUCCAGUAUUGGUUUGGUCAGAAAUAUUCCAAGUUUGUCAGAGUCUAAUGAAGGGAAGAUCAGAGGGAUUUAAAACAUUUUGACUGACAAGAAUACUGGUUUCUAAAUCUCAGUUUUCAGGUAAAGGUGUCUUAGAGCACACUGGGUUGUUGCUUAUGGAGUGUUUUAUAAACAUAAAGGAUGCUUAGUAUUGCUUAUGCUGAACCAGGUCACAGUGAAUUAAAUGGGAAAAUUCAUGUGUUUGUUGGUACAACUGGGAUUUCAUUUAUGUUUUCAAGUAAAUACCAUUAUCUAGAACAUAGCUCCCCUUAACUAUGCUGUUUUCACUCAGAUUUACUGUGUCUCAUGAAAUCAAUGGGAAUGCCACAACCAAAAAAAUCGCUGGCUGCAAAAGGAUGGCAAAAUUUGAGAUUCCCUAAUUGUUGGCUGAAUAAGUGGUGUUUUAAACAUGACAGUAUCCUUGAACCUGGAGAAAUAAGGACCAUCCUCAAAAAAUGCUGUCAAUUUUUUACCAUUUAAUAUAUCGAAAGUUUUUGUUUAAUAUUCUGAAAACUGUAAGAGUGAUGAUACAUAAAUGUAUCUGUGCAGGGAAUGUACCUGUGUUUUAAUUUCAAGGAUUAGAAGAAUAAAUUGUGAAGAAUAAAGUGAAGUUUUUUAAAAGAA